AUGGUACUGAUGGCCAUGAAAAAUAAUGUGAAAAAAGUACCGGUGGUGCUGUUUGUUGGUUUGGUACUAGUGAAUUUGUCAAAUGGAUUUGCAAUCAAAGAGCCAGGACCUUACACUGCAAGUUUCAGCGGUUCGUCUUCAUCAGCUUCUGCUUUUAGUCACGCCAGUUCAAGUUCCUACAGUUUCGGCAGCGGCGGCGCGAUUAAUCCAGAAAACUUGGCUGUAGGCGCUGUAGCCAAAGCCAGCGCUGUAGCUGGAGCUGGAAUCCAUAAUGGACAAGCUGUAGCUGGAGCUGUAGCUCAAGCUGGAGCAGUAGCUGGAUCAGCAGCUGGAUCAACAGCUGGAUCUUACGAUCAUUUUGGAGCAAAUUUAGCUCAAUCUGGACAAGGCUAUUCUGGUGCUGUUAGCAGUUCUGGUGCAUUUAGUGGAGCUACUUCUGGAUCAGAAAUUACUUCUGGAUCUUCUAAACCAUCAAUAGACAAUGGAAGCUACAAAGUAAUUGAGUCGCCAAAAUAUUCCACAGGAUAUUCUUCUGGAAACGGUGGAGGUUCCAAAACUAAUUACGUUGUGAGUGGAAAUUAUGCACAACAAGUUCCAGCUGGAGGUUGCUCAACCUGCAAACAAACCUCUCCAGUAAUCGUACCCCUACCCUUGACCCCAACCUCCAACCAUCACACCUCAUCCUAUUCUGGAUCCAAAACUUCUUCCUACCAACAUAUUUCUCCAAGCUUGAUUGCUACUUUCCCUGGACCUUCCGGGAGCAUUUUGGAUAGCAAACCUGCCACACCAUCUCAUGCCACUAGUGCCAAUUCUGGAUCAUACAAUAAUGUUGUAAUUGCAAAACAUCCACAACAUGGAGGAAUUCACGAAAUUAUCGCUAUACUUCCUGGACCUUCUGGAAGUAUUUACGAUAACAAACCAGCUAAUGGACAAAAACCUAAUAAUGGCGCUGGAUCAACUUACAUUAACCAUUCUGGAUCGGCAGCCAAUGCUGGAUCGUCUUCCACAUCGUAUAAUGUUCCAGCUGUAGCACCUUCAUCUUCUGGCAACAAUCAUGUAUUCCCUGGACCAUCUGGAAGCAUCCACGAUAGUAAACCAGCAAAUGCUGGAUCAACUUCAACAUCUUACAAUAUUCCAGCUUCGCAUCCAGUUGUUGGACCAGUUUGCAGCUACACCCCUGGAUCACCUAAUAAAUGUGGAUCGAACAUUCCAGCUUCACAUCCAGAUGUAGCACCUGCUCCUUCAAGUCCCAGUCAUGUAUCCCCUGGAAUAUCUGCAAGUAUUCACGAUAGCAAACCAUUUGGAGCUGUUUCAGGCUCUUCUGCCAAUGCUGGAUCAACUUCAACAUCGUACAAUAUUCCAGCUUCACAUCCAGUUGUUGAACCCGUUUGCAGCUACACCCCUGGAUCACCCAAUAAAUGUGGAUCAACUGCCCCAUCAUACAACGUUCCAGAUGUUGCACCUGCUCCUUCAGGCCCCAAUCAUGUAUUCCCUGGACCUUCUGGAAGUAUACACGACAGUAAACCAGCUGGAGGAAGCUCUGCUUCCGCAAAUGCUGGAGCAAUUGCUGGAUCAACUUCAACAUCGUACAACAUUCCAGCUUCACAUCCAGUUGCUGGACCCGUUUGCAGCUACACCCCUGGAUCACCUAAUAAAUGUCCAUCAACUGUACCAUCAUACAACGUUCCUGCAUCAAAUCCAGAUGUAGCACCUGCUCCUUCAGGUCCCAGUCAUGUAUUCCCUGGGCCUUCUGAAAGUAUCCACGAUAGUAAACCAACUGGAGCUGUUUCAGGCUCUUCAGCCAAUGCUGGAGCAAUUGCUGGAUCAACCUCAACAUCGUACAAUAUUCCAACUUCACAUCCAAUUGUUGGACCAGUUUGCAGCUACACCCCUGGAUCACCCAAUAAAUGUGGAUCAACUUCAACAUCCUACAACAUUCCUGGAUCAAAUCCAGUUGCUCCUUCAAGUCCCAGUCAUGUAUUCCCUGGACCUUCUGGAAGUAUCCAUGAUAGUAAACCGGCUGCAGCUGUUUCAGGCUCUUCCAAUGCCAAUGCUGGAGCAGCUGCUGGAUCAAUUUCGACAUCGUACAAUAUUCCAGCUUCACAUCCGGUUGUUGGACCAGUUUGCAGCUACACCCCUGGAUCUCCCAACAAAUGUGGAUCUUCUGGAACUGAUGUAGCCAACGUUGCUGGAUCAACUUCAACAGUCUACAAUAAUCAUGGAUCAGCAAACAAUGUCGGAUCAGAUUCAUCAAAUAGUGGUUCUGGAUCGAUUACCUACAACCCUUACUCCGCCCAACCUCAUCCGUCUUCAAACUCUGGCACUUACUACAUCGACAAACCUUCUUCAAACAUUGAACCGCCACUAUCCAGCUCCGCUCCAAGCUUUUCCGGCCAAAUUCCUUGCAAAGACAACAAUUGUGGAUCUGGUAUCGUCUACGACGAUAAAAAAGAUCACUCUGGUCAGUAUCAGCAAAUCAACCACGACCAAGCGCACCUCUCUGGUGGUAUAGUUUACCAAAACGAAGACGGCAGCUACAGUAACAAUCCAACAACUCCAAAAACUAUUUACAAAAAUGCUGAACAUGGUGGUCACGCUGUCAGCAACAGCGAAGAUCAGGGUGGGAUUCUGAUCGGUCCAGGAACUGGCAAUUUGCCCGUUGAGCAAAACGAUAAGGUGCCUUUUGGUUCUGCGCCUGGUGGAUCAGAAACUUUUGUUAAAAAUGCCGCACAAAGUGGAUCAGAAACUUCUGACAAACAUGUUCCAUUUGGAUAUGCAGCUGGUGGAUCGCACGCUAAAAGUGGAUCAGAAACUUUUGACAAAAAUACUCCGUCAUCUGGAUUUGCAACUGGUGGAUCGCACGCUCAAAGGGGAUCAGAAAAUGCUCCAUAUGGAUCUCAUGAAGAAUCUGACUCAGUUAUCAUUCAAAAAUCGGACGAAGUUGCAAUUCAAAAACAUUCUGGAUACAAUUCAAACAACAAUUUCGGAUCUGGAUACGCCACUGGACAAGUUUUAAUAAAUCAAGGCAAUAACGUUUAUGAUGCAACCAAUUCUGGAUCGAAUGAGAUUGGGUCUAAAACUGGACAUUCUGGACAAAAUCUAGCAUUCGGAGUGAGUUCUGGUGGAUUGCUCAAUACGCUUUUUGGGCACGGAGGUUUGUCUGGAUCAAGUGCUGGAGCCGGUUAUCAUAAAUCUGGAGGUGGCAGUGGUGCUUAUUCCAGCUCUGGAGCAAAUGGAGUCGGUUAUCAAAACUCUGGAGCUGGCAGUGCUGCUUAUUCAAGUUCUGGAUCUUACGCUAGUGCAGGUAGUUUCGCAGGUGCCAGCGCCCAUGCCGGAUCUUACGCCCGCAGUUUUUAAUUAGGUUUCCUUUCAGUAGCGCACCCAGAAAAUAUGUUUGGGGGGGGGGGGGGUCUACAGAGGUUUGAAGUGCCAAGGUGUCACGUCCUGAUGUUGCUACAUUUUGAGGGGGGUCCUGGCCCGAUGGCUCCCCCCUGGGUGCGCCACUGUUUUUUUUAAUUAUUAUUUAUUAUUUUUAAGUUGAUAUGUGAGCCAUAAAAUGUGAUUAAUUAAUAAGUGAUUAAGUUACUUAAGAGACUUAUUUGUAAUUUUUAUAAAUUUAAAUAAAAAUAUGAAUUACAAUUACUUUAUGAAAGUAAAUACAAAAUAAUCCUCCAUGCUGUUUUAUUUUUAAGGUCAUGUAACUAAUUACCGAUUUUU